UCCCCCGUGUAAGAGUGAGGUGGAGGAGGACAUUCCAAUCCAUGUGACCACAGGAAAUGCCAAUAAGAACGCUGCGGGAACCAUCAUGGUAUCGCCGGUAGAAAAUGGAGCUAUCAUUCCGCACUCUUCAGGAAAAAACCUCAUUACCCUGCUUGUAUAUCCAGGGCUUCUCAUUAAAGAGCUACCACGUAAUCCAACUAACCAAUCACAGGUUGUUCUCACAAGUAUACCACAAUCGCAUCUUGGUACACAUCAGAAAACUUACACAGAAGAGAAGCGAUUUCCCUGUUCACACUGCGGUAAAUGUUUUGCCGAUAAAUAUCAUCUGAUUAUACAUGAGAGAAUUCACACAGGGGAGAAACCAUUUCCAUGCUCAGAAUGUGGGAAAUCUUUUACGUGUAAAUCAGAUCUUGUUAAACAUCAGCCACGUCACACAGGAGAGAAGCCAUAUCCAUGUUCAGAAUGUGGGAAAUGUUUUAUUCGUAAAGCCAAACUUAGAGAACAUCAGAGAAUUCACACAGGAGAAAAGCCAUAUUCAUGUUCAGAAUGUGGGAAAUGUUUUACAGAGAAAUCACAGCUUGUUAAACAUGAGAGAAUUCAUACAGGAGAGAAGCCAUAUUCAUGUUCAGAAUGUGGAAAAUGUUUUAAUGAGAAAUCAAAUCUUGUUAUACACCAGAGAUAUCAUACAGGAGAGAAGCCAUUUUCAUGCUCUGAAUGUGACAAAUCCUUUACACAAAAAACAAAUCUUGUUAUACACCAGAGAUAUCAUACAGGAGAGAAGCCAUUUUUAUGCUCUGAAUGUGACAAAUCCUUUACACGAAAAGCAAAUCUUGUUAUACACCAGAGAUAUCACACCGGAGAGAAGCCUUAUUCAUGUUCACAAUGUGAGAAAUCCUUUAUUUGUAAUGGCAAUCUUUGUAAACAUCAGAAAAGUCACAGAGGAAAGAAACCAUCCUGAUCAUGUGAAGAAUGUUUUAAAAGGAAAUCAAAUUCUUGCUUGUAAAGUUGGAAAUGCAAAAACAGAUGUAUAACACAUCAGGUUAUUAACAGAUAUCAAACUGCCAAUAAGAAGGUUUAUUUUUGGGUGGAAUUAGCCUGGAUCUGCCAAACACCCAAUUUAUAUUCCCUGAGGUCAACAGUGACUGGGUCAAUGGAGGAAAAGUAUUGUGGAUAUAAGGAAGAGAAGAAGAGCCUUAUUCACUGUUAGCAGCGAAAAUGAAUCGUCCGCCCAUACCAGACAACAACCUGUCUGAAAGGAUUAUCCUUUAAAAAAAUCCACUUUUCCUCCGAAAAUGGCAUCACUAAAUUCACCAGAGAAGGUAAAAAUGUCAACCCUAUUGGGGCUCUUUCUAUUUGUAAAUAAAAAAACUCCAUCAAAUGAAAAAAUAAUUAUGUAGAAAUGUAAUAGACACUUAACUUCUGUAGUGAUGGAAGAACAGG